UUUAAUGGUUAGAUUUUAAUGAACUUAUAUUAUACUUUUACUUCCUAGUAAAAAUAUAAAUAAUUAAUAGGAACUAAACAAAUAUUAUUUUUUUAUGAUUUAGUUGAUUCAACCAUAAGUAUAAAAAGCGAAAAUAUUGAAUCAACAAGAAUAAUAUCAAAUAAGAUUUUUUUUAAAAAAAAAAUUUAAUUUAUAGAUGGACCACAUUUUCCAGGAUUUAUUUUCUUAAAAAAAAAUUAAGGGAUUUUUCUUUCCUUUUUUUUUUUUUUGGCAAAUUUUUCAUUUUGGUUUUUAUUUUCCUAAAAAGUUUUUACAAGGAAAUAUUUUAUUUUUGGAAAAUUGAGAGCAAAUUUUACAUUUUGGUUUUGAUUUUCCUAAAAUAUCUUUAGAGAGUUUUAUUUUUUUAUUUUUGGAAAAUCGAGGGUGAACUUCAUGCAUGUACUGAAAGCUCCUUUAGCUUCGUCUCCGCUCUGGUUUUCUGAGAAGCAAGCAAUGGCGGCAGCAUUGGCAGGGGACGACCUCCCGCGGUCGGGAAGCAUGGCUAGCAGUAGCCGGAGCUGGCGGUCGGCGAGCAUAAGGGAGGUGUCGAAUGCGCUGGAUGAGUUUCAGAGGAGCGGUCGGCAGGUGGCCGACGACGAGGAGAAGCUGAAAUGGGCCGCGAUUGAGAGGUUACCGACCUACGAUCGGAUGAGGAAGGGGAUGCUGAAGCAGGUGAUGAGCAAUGGAAGAAUUGUUCAGAAUGAAGUUGAUGUCACUCAUCUUGGAGCCCAAGAUAAGAAGCAGUUGAUGGAGAGUAUCUUGAAAGUCGUUGAGGAUGAUAACGAGAGGUUUCUCAGGAGUCUCAGGGACAGAACCUAUAGGGUAGGGAUUGAGAUUCCUAAGAUAGAAGUGAGAUUCCAGAAUUUGUCAAUUGAAGGAGAUGGAUAUGUUGGCACUAGAGCUAUUCCAACUCUGCUCAAUUCUACGUUGAAUGCCGUUGAGGGAGUAAUGCGAAUGAUUGGGCUUUCUCCAUCGAAAAAAAGGGUUGUCAAGAUACUCCAGAAUGUGAGCGGAAUCAUAAGGCCAUCAAGGAUGACUCUGCUUCUUGGGCCUCCUGCCUCUGGAAAAACAACUUUUCUAAAAGCGCUUUCAAGGGAACAAGAUGAUGAUCUAAGGAUGACUGGGAAAAUAACCUAUUGUGGUCAUGAAUUCAGCGAAUUCGUCCCUCAGAGAACAUGUGCUUAUAUCAGCCAGCAUGAUCUUCACCAUGGGGAGAUGACAGUCCGUGAGACAUUGAAUUUCUCAGGACGUUGCUUGGGAGUUGGAACCAGGUAUGAAAUGCUAGUGGAGUUGUCAAGACGGGAGAAAGAAGCAGGUAUAAAACCAGAUCCUGAGAUUGAUGCAUUCAUGAAGGCCACAGCCAUGGCUGGCCAAGAAACCAGUUUGAUGACAGAUUAUGUUCUCAAGAUACUUGGGCUGGAUAUUUGUGCUGAUAUUAUGGUGGGAGAUGAGAUGAGAAGGGGCAUUUCUGGUGGACAAAAGAAGCGUGUUACCACCGGUGAAAUGUUAGUCGGACCAGCAAAAGCAUUUUUCAUGGACGAAAUAUCAACAGGGCUGGACAGUUCCACAACCUUUCAGAUUGUCAAGUUCCUGAAGCAGAUGGUCCAUAUUAUGGACAUAACCAUGGUCAUCUCUCUCUUGCAACCUCCACCAGAAACAUAUGAUCUUUUUGAUGACAUUAUUCUUCUUUCAGAAGGUAAGAUUGUAUACCAAGGCCCACGAGAGAAUGUUCUUGAAUUCUUUGAGCACAUGGGAUUUAGAUUGCCAGACAGGAAAGGGGUUGCGGACUUUCUGCAAGAAGUAACUUCCAAGAAGGAGCAAGAACAAUACUGGUUUAGAAAGAACCAACCUUACAGGUAUAUCUCAGUACCUGAGUUUGCACGGAGCUUCGACUCUUUCCAUGUUGGCCAGCAGAUUUUGGAAGAUAUUGGGGUUCCUUAUGACAAAUCCAAAGCCCAUCCUGCGGCUCUGGUGAAGGAAAAGUAUGGUAUAUCCAACUGGGAACUCUUCAGAGCAUGUUUUUUAAGGGAAUGGCUGCUGAUGAAGCGGAGUUCUUUUGUAUACAUAUUCAAGGCUACCCAGUUAUUAAUCAUGGGAACAAUAGCCAUGACUGUGUUCUUGAGAACAGAAAUGAAAUCUGGUCAAUUAGAAGAUGCACUAAAAUUUUGGGGAGCACUGUUUUUCAGUCUCAUUAAUGUGAUGUUUAAUGGGAUGCAAGAGCUUUCAAUGACAAUAUUCAGGCUUCCUGUGUUCUAUAAACAGCGGGAUUUAUUGUUCUACCCUGCAUGGGCUUUUGCCAUGCCAAUUUGGGUCCUCCGGAUUCCUGUCUCCCUUAUAGAAUCUGGGAUUUGGAUUGUUCUUACAUAUUACACCAUUGGAUUUGCUCCUGCUGCCAGUAGGUUCUUCAAACAGUUCUUAGCUUUGUUUGGUGUUCAUCAAAUGGCUCUCUCUCUCUUCCGUUUCAUUGCAGCUGCUGGAAGGAGACCAGUUGUUGCAAACGUACUUGGUAGCUUUACCUUGCUCAUUGUUUUUGUGCUUGGAGGUUAUGUGGUGACCAGAGUUGAUAUUGAGCCAUGGAUGAUAUGGGGCUACUAUGCUUCACCCAUGAUGUAUGGACAAAAUGCAAUUGCCAUCAAUGAAUUUCUUGAUCAGAGAUGGAACAAUCCUGUCACCAAUUCCACUGAUUCAGUUGGAGUAACACUUCUUAAGGAAAAAGGCCUAUUUUCAGAGGAACAUUGGUAUUGGAUUUGUAUUGGAGCGCUUUUCGCAUUUUCUCUCCUUUUCAACGUUCUUUUCAUUGCAGCACUAUCGUUUUUCAAUUCUCCUGGAGAUACUAAAUCUCUACUUCUGGAGGACAACCCUGAUGACAACAGUAGGAGGCAAUUGACAUCCAAUAAUGAAGGUAUUGAUAUGACUGUGAGAAAUGCUCAAGCGGGUUCCAGCUCAGCUAUUGGUGCUGCAAACAAUGAAUCUAGAAAAGGAAUGGUUCUGCCCUUCCAGCCCCUUCCGCUUGCAUUCAACCAUGUGAAUUACUAUGUGGAUAUGCCUGCUGAAAUGAAGAGCCAAGGUGAAGAGGACAGGCUGCAACUGCUACGUGAUGUUAGUGGAGCUUUCAGGCCUGGGAUUCUAACAGCACUAGUUGGUGUGAGUGGUGCUGGGAAGACCACUUUGAUGGAUGUGUUAGCAGGAAGGAAGACUGGUGGGUACAUUGAAGGGAGCAUAAGCAUUUCUGGUUACCCAAAGAACCAAGCCACAUUUGCUCGGGUCAGCGGUUACUGUGAACAGAACGACAUCCACUCACCAUAUGUGACGGUUUAUGAAUCUCUCUUGUACUCUGCCUGGCUCCGUCUUGCGUCGGAUGUAAAGGAUUCAACACGAAAGAUGUUUGUUGAAGAAGUUAUGGAUUUGGUCGAGCUCCAUCCAUUGAGGCAUGCUCUAGUUGGACUUCCUGGAGUAGAUGGUCUUUCAACAGAACAGAGGAAGAGGCUCACCAUAGCUGUAGAGUUAGUUGCUAAUCCCUCCAUUAUAUUUAUGGAUGAGCCCACAUCAGGCCUUGAUGCUAGAGCUGCUGCAAUCGCGAUGCGUACUGUAAGGAAUACAGUGGAUACCGGGCGAACUGUUGUAUGUACAAUUCACCAACCAAGCAUUGAUAUUUUUGAAGCAUUUGAUGAGCUUCUGUUGAUGAAGAGAGGAGGACAAGUGAUUUACGCCGGACCUCUUGGUCGCCAGUCUCACAUGCUUGUUGAAUAUUUUGAGUCUGUUCCAGGGGUUACCAAGAUCAAAGAGGGUUACAAUCCAGCUACCUGGAUGCUAGAGGUCAGCACUUCGGCAGUUGAGGCUCAACUUGACAUUGAUUUUGCAGAAGUUUAUGCCAACUCUGCUCUUUAUCGGAGAAAUCAGGAUCUUAUUAAUGAACUAAGCACUCCGGCACCAGGGUCAAAAGAUCUUUACUUCCCCACCCAAUACUCCCAAUCCUUUAUAACCCAAUGCAAGGCUUGUUUCUGGAAGCAGCACUACUCUUACUGGAGGAACUCUGAGUAUAAUGCUAUCCGCUUCUUCAUGACGAUUGUCAUUGGUGUUUUAUUCGGUGUCAUCUUCUGGAGCAAAGGAGAUCAGAUACACAAACAACAAGACCUGAUCAAUCUAUUGGGAGCCACCUAUUCUGCUAUAAUUUUCCUCGGGGCUUCAAAUGCUUUUGCUGUGCAACCUGUUGUAGCAGUUGAGAGGACAGUGUUCUACCGUGAAAGGGCAGCAGGAAUGUACUCCGAGUUGCCCAAUGCAUUUGCUCAGGUGGCUAUAGAGACAAUAUAUGUUGCAGUUCAAACGUUGGUUUAUGCUCUUCUUCUUUACUCCAUGAUUGGGUUCCAUUGGAAAGUGGACAAGUUUUUCUAUUUCUACUACUUCAUAUUCAUGAGCUUUACGUACUUCUCCAUGUAUGGGAUGAUGGUCACUGCUCUCACUCCCGGCCAUCAAAUAGCUGCCAUUGUUAGUUCCUUCUUCUUAAAUUUCUGGAACUUGUUCUCUGGUUUCCUCAUCCCCAGGCCGCUAAUCCCAAUAUGGUGGAGAUGGUACUACUGGGCUUCUCCAGUUGCUUGGACAAUCUACGGCAUUUUCGCAUCUCAACUGGGUGACAUGACAUCUGAAGUUGAAAUAACUGGAAGGAGUCCAAGGCCAGUGAAUGAAUUCAUCAAAGACGAAUUGGGUCUUGAUCAUGACUUCCUUGUACCUGUAGUCUUUGCUCAUGUGGGUUGGGUCUUCCUCUUCUUCAUCGUGUUUGCCUAUGGCAUCAAGUUCAUUAACUUCCAGAGGAGAUAGAGAAACUUGAAUCCUUUAGUCAGGACAGAAAGUGUAGAACAUCAUAGUUAAUAGAGAGAACAGGAAAGUGUUUGUAGAAUAUUAUAGUUAAUAGAGAGAACAGAAGUGUUUCUUCUUCUUUUCCCCUUCA